UUUCCGUCAGCGCUCGGGCGUUUCCGGCGUCCGAGGCCUAACUUAACCUGGCGCCUUCGUGGUUGGGCCGGGUGUGUCCGCGUGCGCCGCUCGCUGGCGGAGGGAGGGCGUCGUCUCCGCCGCCGCUGCUGCUGCUGCUGCGGCUCCUUAGGCUGAGGCCGGGCGCCAUUUUGUGUGGUGCAGCAAAAGCAGCCGCCUCGGAGCCGGCGAGCGGAGCGCCUCAGGCCCGCCGUGUACAAGUGACUGUGCCCCGUCCGUCUCCCUCGCCGCCGCCUCCUCCUCCUCCUCCUGCUCCUCCGCCUUUCCCUCCCGUCCAUGGCGGUGGAGAGCCCCAGCGUCCCCCCGCCCAGCAGCCCCCAUUCUAGCCCCCCGUCCCCUUCUCCGGCCACCGCCGCCGCCGCCGCCGCCUCCUCCUCCUCUUCCCUCAGCCACAACCAAGGCAGCAGCCCGGGCCUCGGCGGCGCCCGGCCGCUCCAACAACAACAACACCAUCACCACCACCACCACCACCACCUCCUCCUCCACCACGGGCCCGGCCCGGACGAAAGGGAGGAUGGGGAGCUGGAAGAAGGGGAGCUGGAAGAUGAUGGGGGUGAGGAGCCCCACGAGGCCUCUGAGUCGCAAGAAAAGAGCCGGAAGGAAAAAAAUGAAAAGCAUCACAGUGACUCAGAUGAAGAAAAGACUCACAGAAGAAAAAGAAAACGGAGGAAAGAGCGAGAGAAGGAGAAACGAAGAUCAAAAAAGAAACGGAAAUCCAAGCACAAGCGCCAUGCUUCUUCCAGUGAUGACUUCUCAGACUAUAGUGAUGACUCCGACUUUAGCCCGAGUGAAAAAGGGCACCGGAAGUACAGGGAGUACAGCCCUGUCUACUCUUCGUCCCACCAGCCAUACUCAUCGUCUCACGGUCCCCCCAAAAAGGGGUACUCUAAAAUGGAGAGCAAGAACUACCCCAUGUAUGACGAUUAUGAAAAUGAAGGGUAUUGUGACUACGAGGGUGAAGAUGAUGACGACAUGGGGAAAGAAGAAUACGAUGAUUUCACAAAGGAGCUGAACCAGUAUCGAAGGGCAAAGGAAGGGACACAUAGGGGUCGAGGUGGUCGUGGCCGAGGCCGAGGCUACCGUGGACGUGGAAGAGGAGGAAUGAGAGGACGAGGCAUGGGCAGAGGCAGCCGUGGUAGGGGAAGAGGAGAUCACCCUGAUGAUGAUGAUGAUGAAAUGUAUGAAGAUGAAAUGGAAUACUGUGAAGGAGAAGAGCCCAUGGGUGAUGAAGAAUAUGAUGACUACUCCAAAGAAUUGAACCAGUAUCGCAGAAGCAAGGAAAACAGAGGGAGAGGUUUUGGUCGUGGCCGAGGUCGUUCCAGGGGGCGAGGAGGCAAAGGGAUGGGCCGGGGAAGAGGUCACCGUGGCAGAGGCAUGGGCAAAGGAGGAAUGAAUGAUGACGAUGAUUACUAUGAUGACGACAUGGAUGGAGGCGGUGGGAAUUACAGGCGGAACGACCAUGAUAAAUCUCACCAGCAAUCAGAUAAGAAAGGAAAAGUGAUCUGCAAGUAUUUUGUGGAGGGCAGAUGCACCUGGGGGGAACACUGCAACUUCAGCCAUGAUAUUGAGCUACCAAAGAAGCGGGAAUUGUGCAAGUUUUACAUUACAGGCUACUGUGCCAGAGCUGAGAAUUGUCCUUACAUGCAUGGGGACUUCCCUUGUAAGCUGUUCCAUACAACUGGGAAUUGCAUCAAUGGUGAUGACUGUAUGUUUUCCCAUGAGCCACUCACAGAUGAGACACGGGAGCUGCUGGAUAAGAUGUUGGCAGAUGAUGCUGAAGCAGGAGCAGAAGAUGAGAAGGAAGUGGAGGAGCUCAAGAAACAGGGCAUCAACCCUUUACCCAAACCCCCUCCUGGGGUGGGACUUCUUCCCACUCCCCCUCGACCACCAGGACCACCAGCUCCGACAUCUCCCAAUGGUCGUCAGAUUCCCAGUGGCCCACCUGCUCCUCCACCCCCGCCUCCACCUCUUCCGCCCCCAGGGCCCCCACAGAUGCCGCCUCCACCCCAGGAGCCCCUCUCACCUCAACAGCUGCAGCAGCAGCAGGACAUGUAUAAGAAGAUCCCAUCGCUCUUUGAGAUUGUUGUGAGGCCCACGGGGCAACUGGCAGAGAAACUGGGUGUGAGGCAUCCAGGUCCAUCUCCACCUCGGUUUUCUGGACCUGGACAUCCAGAAAUGCUUUCUGACAUGCCUCCAGACAUGCUUCCGGACAUGCUUCCGGACAUGUGUCCAGACAUGCCAAUGGGUCCAGGGAUUAACCCUGGCCCUCCUAUGGGCCCUGGGCCCCCAAUGAUUCCCUUUGGUCCUGAGGAGAUGCCACCUGGUCCACCAGCACCAGACUUCUAUGACAACUUCUACCAGCAUCCAGAAGGCUUGGAAAUGGAUCCUGGCCUGAUGCGUAGUCCAGAGGGUUAUGGGAACUUUGAGGAGAUGUCUGAAUUGCAAGGAGAGAAUAUCUUCCCUGACCCAACCCUUGAACCUGAUUCUUUUGGUGAAGAAGGAGGGGUCUCAAGACUGCAGAAACCUUCCACCAAUGUACCUGACUUCCUCCCAUCCACCCAGAAGGCCCUGUAUAUGCGUAUCCACCACAAGCAGCAGGAAGAAGAGGAAAGAGCUCGUCGGCAGGGAGAUGGUUGCAAGCAGGAACGUGACCAUGAAGAAGGUGAUACUGGCAAUUGGUAUUCCAGUGAUGAAGAUGAUGGUAGCAUCAGCGUCAGCUCCAUCCUGAAGACAUUGCGGCAGCAAAGUUCCAGCAGGCCCCACGAAGACGCCACUGGUAACACCGGUCCAAGCUUGGGCAGAAGUGACCCUCGACUCCAAAAGGGUCAGCAAUCGGGAAGUGGCCGGCCGGCUGACCCCCGUCUUCUGCGUGAUCCCAGGCUUUCGCGAAACCUAGAGCCUUCAGCUCCAUCUGGUACUGGAGAUGCAGGGCCUACUGACCCAAGAUUGGCUCGGCACAUUCCUCCCUCUGUCCCAAAACCAGACCCAUUGCAUUCCAGCCCUACCACUACUGUUCAGAAACCUAUUCCAGGUCCAGAAGAGGAAGAAGGAGAAAGGUCCCUCAGAGACAAGCCAGUCACAAUCCCCCUAGAGCCAUUACCCAAUCAUACCCUCAGGGACCCGCGCUGCCAGCUGCAGCAAUUCAGCCACAUCAAGAAAGAUGUUGUCCUGCUUAUGCCCAAUUUUGCCCGCAUGAUCUUGUGGAGCCCCGAAGAUCUCAUCCCACUGCCUGUCCCCAAACAGGAGUUUGUCCCUGUCCCUCCUGCUCUCCAGUCCUUGCCUGCUCUUGACCCUCGUCUAAACCGGCCUCAGAGUGCCAGCCUUUCUGAUCCCAGGCAACGUGGGGCAUCAGCAGCUCCAGUGGAGCCCUCAGCCAGCUCCAGCCUCCCAGACUUUGAGUUGCUUUCCAGGAUACUGAAGACAGUCAAUGCAGCCGGUGGCAGUCCAGGCCAGAGCGAAAAGCCAAGUGAUCCUCGGACGCGGAAGACGCCGUCUGAUCCCAGGCUUCUCAAAGCAUCUGAGCAGGCAUCAUCAGGAACCUCAAAGCCAUCCGAAGCCGGUGCCCCGGCAGCCACUCCUGUUGCUAGCUCUGAGGCAGCUCCUGGCAUAGCUCCCUAUGACCCACGUCUGCUUACUGCUGGAGGGCUAAGCCGGGGCACUGGCCAGAGCAGUGUCCUCAGUGGGAUCAGUCUCUAUGACCCCCGGACUCCUGGCUCAGGUAGCAAGAUGGCUGAGUCUGCUGGGGAGGGGAGUCCAUCUGCCAAGGGACCUGAUAACACCAGCAAAGGCAGCAGAGGGAAGGAGCCUUUGUUUGUGCGUCGGUCGGCCCUGGAUCAGUUGGAAGCAGAAAAGCCUAGCACAGAAACUGCCACUGACAGAUACAACAGCUACAAUCGGCCACGACCCAAGACAGCGGCAGCCUCCUCAACUGCUGCCACUGCCACUGCCACCACAACUGCCUCAGACACUGCCCCGCAGCCUGGUGUCCACAACCUCCCUGUGCCACCCAUCUAUGGCAUGGUGAAGCAGGCCUCCAAGUCUGGGGCGGGCAGCCCAUUUGCAGGGAACAGCCCUGCCCAGGAGGGUAGUGAGCUUCAGGACGCAGGCUCCUUGAAGGACGUUUUUAAAGGCUUUGACCCAACCGCCUCCCCGUUCUGCCAGUAGUAUUAAAAGACUUGCACAUGCAGCCUUGUGUCCAAGAGAAGCCACAGUGUUUGUAACUGUUUUUUAUUCCAUUAAUGCUCCCCUUCAUAAUAUACCUUGUACAGUAUAUAGAUUGUCUGGGUUUCACUCAGUCCUGUAGCGUGUAACUCCCAGCUACAUUGUAAACAAGUAAUCAGAGUAUCUCAAGUAGUGUUAGCCGGUAUUGUGUGAUGCUCCAAGAGUUCCUCCUUGGACUUUUUUGAGCUCUGCCUAAAAUCAUUCAAUGUCUUUAAAUCUUUGAAAAUCUGGGCCAGCUCAUCCCACCUUUAGCCUUUUUUUUUCUUUUGCACAGUGGGCUAUGUCAACCCCACCUGCUUCUCCUUGCCAGGUAUUACCUGUGACGAUGGAGGAGAGACUGGUGGGGAAUAAAAUGACUGUUCCUACGUGUAGCUUAAAGGGAUGAAGCUGUCAGCCAUGCUGAUCUGUAGAAUAUAUAUGUAUCUUCAUUUCUUAAACUGUAACAAAGUAUGUGUAUCAUAGCCUUUUUUUAAAAAGCAAAAAAAGCAACAACAAAUCUAGUGCAGUGAAAAUUACCAUGGAGAAGUAACCAUGUUGGAUUAUUUUUGUAAUUGUGUUGGAUUUUGUUUUAAGUAUCUGUCUUUUUUCUGCCAUUUCCUUGAAGUUACUGGAUUGUGACAAGAUCCAGCUGGGCUAGAACAGGGUGCUACACCUGAUUGGUGUGUGGCCUCUUUGGGGGGGAACGGAUGCGUUCUACCAAAACAAAGUUUGUAGUAUUCAAAUUAAAUUAUUAAUAUCCCUCAGAUCUUACUUGUAUGUCUUCUGCACUCUUCCUCUAAAAAAAGGCAAAGUCUGCCAUUGCCCAAGUGCUGCCUGCAUAUUGUUAUUCCCAAUAAAAAGCAGGCAGUUCCACAGGCCUUUUAUGGAAGUGGAAUGAGGCACUUGAAGCAUGCCAGUUGAGAGCAUCCUGGUCAAGGAGGGCUCAGGAUCUAGCAUAGUUUUAAAAGUGGAACUAUUGCUGAUAACCCUUUCAGUGACUGUCAGAAGAGCAGCAGCUUAGGGGCCAGAAGCAAGUACCAGAGACCCUCUGCCUACCCCUUCAAUGAGUCCUUUAGGGGUUGUGUGCACAUUAUAACCAAGACUUGGGCAGAACCUGAUGGUUUGGCAAGGUCCCACCACACAGAGACAGAGACCUGCAAGGUACAGUUCUGGCCCUCAACUGCUACUAUCCUGGAGCAGCCUCUUUGGGGAGGCAUCCUGUUGUCUUUGUGUUAAAGACACACAGCAAGAAGGGCCCAUUGCCUAUUGGUGUGGUCCUUCCUACACUUGGCAGGCGAUGCUUUUCUCAUUACUUGUGUUUUCAAGGCUCUCUAGGCAAGAGACUGCAUUCACUCAACACCCCUGAUGGUGUGAACAAAAGUAUUCACAACUAAGGUGUUAAGGGAGUUGCUUGGAAAGUGUGUCUUUAAAAAAAAAAGCAUGGGAAAACAUGAGCUGCUACAGCUUGUCAGAACCAAGGCACUUAGCCCCUUCUGCACAAGGAGAUUGUUGACUGGUUUCGGGGGUAUAGAAAAGGACGAUAAGUAUUUUGAAAGGAGUACCAGGUCUUUCCCUCCACUUUGAGAUUUCCUAGGCAGCCCCACAGUUGCUGAAGGAAGCAUAUGCUGCAGUUGGGUUCAGCUCCUCAAAAGCUGGAACAGGCAGGUCUGCCCUAGAGAAUAGGCACCCGUCUAUUAGUGGCAGGAGCUUUAAAUAUCUUGUAUUCUUUGAGGUGGCUAGAGCUGGGGACUUCUCCAGUAGUGAAGAAGGACUGCUUCUUGUUGGCUUUGGUAGAAGUAGGGGAACUCAUCUGGCUUAUCUCAUUUGGAAAAGGUAUUUAGAAUCUGAAAACAGCUUCUGGAGAAUGACUUGGUGUUGAGGUCGAGAGGGUAGGGAUGAGGCACAAUUCGUGCCUACUCUUAGCAGUGUUUGUUUUAAAAACAAGGUGUCAGAAAGACUUCAUUGGUUUCCCCAAUGCCAGGACCUUUGCAAGUUCUUCUGUUUCAGGCACACUUAUUUCAUUUAAAUGUUUCUUUCUUGCCUCAAGAGUGUUAAAUCCACAAUAUAUGGCAAAAACUGUUUUUUAAGCACAGGGAGGAAGUGCAACCACAGUCUACUAACUACAAACAUAAAUCCAAGCCAAAAUGACCAGCUGCCUCUUCUACAAACUGACAGAAGAGUUUGUAGAGUGUCACUGUUAUGGCUCUGCAUGCAUACACAUUGAAAUCUGGGUACUCUAGUGCUGCAGCAGGGAAAAGAUCUAGGACAGAACUCCUUGCAGCCCCUGAAAACUAUUGUUCCCAGGGCUCUUUGGUGGAAGCUAUGACUCUUAAACUGGUGUAAAGUUUGUGAGUGUAACUUUAACUAGAGAGUUUCUUUGUGAAAUAACUCUGUCUUGUGAGCUUGGUUAGGUAUAGAUGCUCAGUGAAACUUGUAUAAUAAAUCAGUUUUCUUUUCUUUCUUUUCUUUUUUGAUAAAACAGACAAAUGUAAAAUCCCUUCCGUAACCCAUGGAUUGCAAAAACUCAAACCUUUGCUAACUGUUGAAGCCUAUUGUCUGCCAGAGCUUUAUAAAAAUGCUAUAAAAUGUAAAUAUUGACAAGGGGUUUGUAUAUAUUGUACUGGUAUUUUUACAGUGAAUUUUUGGUUGCAUGGCUCUGUUUACUUCCUUUUUUUUAUCACACAUUUGUCUUCCAACAAUGUCAUCCAGACUCAAGUCUCCUCUAUCAUUGUACUGCUGACAUUAAACGAUGCAGUGAUUUUAA